AUGGCAGAAAUCACCAUCAAUAACGAGAUCCUGGCCAGUGUUAGGGAUAAAGUUGUUGUUGUCACUGGCGGUGCCAACGGCAUCGGCGCUGCAACUGUCAUCAGCUAUUUUCACGCCGGAGCUCACAUAUUCUUCGGCGACUGGGACGAGAAAAGCGGCGUCGCAUUGGAGGUGAGCCUAGCCACCGGUUCCAACCCCAACGGCGGUUCGGCGACCUUCUUACGAUUGGAUGUGCGCGACUAUGAGAACCAGCUGAAGCUUUUCGAUACUGCAGUAGCAAAACAUGGGCGUGUUGAUCAGGCUGUCUACAGUGCUGGAAUCGCGGAACCAGCAGAUUGGCUUUCGCCAGAGAAGUUUACCUUGGAGGGCAUCAAGGAGGUCCCUAAACCUCUGGUUGAUCUCAUCGAAAUAAAUCUUAUUGGCUCUCUCUAUUUCACUCGCAUCGCAUUGGCCUACUUCCAACAAAACAGCACCCAUCAAGACGCCGUUUCCAAGUCUAUCACUUUAGUAGCUUCCGCUGCUGGAUUCAAAGAGUCAUCAGGUCUGGUCGCCUAUUCCGGUAGUAAGCACGGCAUGGUUGGCAUGGUACGUUCGCUCCGAAUUUUGACACUGCCAAAAUUCAACGUCCGCAUCAACGCCAUCUGCCCAUGGGCAACAGAUACUGCCAUGGUCGCGGGAGCUGUGCACCUUUGGCAUCAGAAUAGCCUACCAUUAAACAGCGCUGAAGACAUCGCGCGCAUCAUUCAACAAGUUGCUGCCGACCCUGCACACAAUGGAAAGGUCGUCUACUGCGCCGGCGGCAUUUUUGUCGACAUCGACGAAGGGAUCAACCGGACCGAGCCACAGUGGUUAGGGGAGAAGCUCGCCGCGGACUUGAACAGAGGGCAGGUUAUGCUUGGUGCGGGCGCGGAUUGGUCAACGCUGGGUAAUACAGAACAGGGCAUCUAG